AUGGCGUACGUAGCGCUAGGCAAGGCGCUCUACGAUUACGUGGCCCAGGCCGAGGACGAGCUCAACCUCACCGAGGAUGACUACCUCUACAUCCUCGAGUCAGACGACCCCGAGUGGUGGAAGGCCAAGCUGCGUCGUCUCGCUGAGGAUGGCACGCCCAUCCAAGACGACUCUGACGAGGGCACCGUCGGCCUCGUGCCGGCCAACUACGUCGAAGAGGCCGAACCCCUCCGCUUGAGCCGCGCUCUCUACGACUAUGAGGCGCAGACCGAGGAUGAACUGUCCAUGGUGGAAGACGAGCUUCUUCGCGUUUACGAAUCCGACGGCGUCUGGCUGCUCGUUAAGAAGCAGGGCCAAGACCCGCUCAGCGGCGGUGAGGGAAGGCUCGGCUAUGUACCAGCCAAUUACGUCGACGAAGCAGAGGCAGUAGACACCGGUGCUGCACCCGUCGUCGAGGAUGAGUACGCAGCUGAGGAAGAAGACGAUGAAGACGACGACACCGGCUCAGGCGCGGCCAUUCCCCAAAUCCAGCUUCCACAGACCGCAAACCUCGGAAGGGGCGAUGAGAUCAAGAUGUGGCCAGUUUCAGCCCUCGACAGCAAGAAGAAGAAGAAGAAGGGCACCCUCGGCAUCGGCAACGCCUCGCUCUUCUUUGCCUCCGAAAGCGACAAGACCCCCGUCAAGAAGAUCAGCGUCCUUCACAUUGUCAGCCAUUCGCUCGAAAAGGGAAAGACACUUCACCUCAAUCUUUCGCCCGAAGCCGUUCUGUCCGAGUCCACCCUCGACUUCCACACCGGCUCCAAGGACGCUGCCAACGACAUCGUCAAGAAGAUCGAAGAGAGCAUGGCCAACGCACAGUCCGCAUCCGCUGCUGCACCUCCUUCGUCAGCAAGUGCCCCUGCCCCUGCUGUCUCGUCGGGCUCCAUUCCUCUGCCCCCUCCUCCCCCGCCUGCGCCACCCGCACCAGCUGCGGCACUGCCACCGCCUACUCGCAACGCAAGCGCUACUCUACCUCUGCCGGUACGCAAGACCGUGUCGUUCCAAUCACAACAGGCCACCGCUGUUGCACCAGAACCGGAAGAAGCGGUCGAGCACGCCAUCGCCAUGUACGAUUUUGAGGCCCAAGGCGACGACGAGCUCACAGUCACCGAAAACGAACACCUCAUCAUCCUCGAAAAGGAGAACGACGACUGGUGGAAGGUCAGGAACGAUGCCGGCCAAGAGGGUGUCGUGCCCGCCAGCUACGUUGAAGCCUCCGACGCUGCGGCUACUGGAGGUACCAGCUCAUCAUCCGCUGCUGCUCUCGCCGCAGAACAGGAAGAAGAGGAGCGACGCCGACAAGAAGAGGAAGAAGCUGCUGCCGUUGCCGAAGCGGAGCGUCAGCGUGAAGCUGCCGAGUCAGCGGCACGUCGACGGAGGGAGGCCGAGGAGCGCAGGGGGAGGGAGGAGACGGAGAGGACGCGACGUGAAGCGCUCAAAGCACAGCCUGCGCCUGCCCCGCCCAAGCUCACCCAACGUCCCAGCACUACCGAGGUCAGCCGCGCCGCCAAGAACGUCUCGAUCCCGCAGGGCCGCAGUGCACCCGAGCGUCCCAAAGAUGGUGGCGGCCGCUCCAAGCCCUCGCCCAACAACACGCGCAUGUGGACCGAUCGCACCGGAACUUUCAAGGUCGAGGCCGAGUUUUUGGGAUUCAACCAGGGCAAGAUCCGUCUACACAAGAUGAACGGCGUUGUGAUCGAGGUGGCCGUCGAAAAGAUGUCGAACGGUGAUAUCCAGUUCCUCGAAGACAUUACAGGCAAGAAACUCAACCCGACCGACGAGGAGAUCGCCGCUUCGACAGCACGAAGACGCGAGCGCGAGCGUGAACGUGAACGUCAGUCCAGCCGAUCUCAGCCUUCGUCGGCCUCUGGCAUGACCAGGGAGGAGCGCGAACGAGAGCGAGAACGCCGCAAGGAGAAGGAGCGGGAACAGCGCCGACGCGAGCAGGCACGAACGGGCCCCAAGCGCAACGUCGAUUGGUUCGAAUUCUUCCUCGCAGCCGGCGUCGAUGUCGACGACUGCACACGCUACGCCAGCUCUUUCGAACGCGACAAGAUCGACGAGACGGUGCUCGCCGACCUCGACGCCGGCACCCUGCGCAGUAUCGGUUUGCGCGAGGGCGACAUCAUCCGAGUCACCAAGUUUAUCGAUAAAAAGUAUCGUCGUGACAAAACGCACUCUACGUCGUCGUCGUCCCGCCAGUCCGGUCGUGCCAAUGCCAACACAGCAGCAAACCUGGAAGACCAGAUCAAGGCAGACGAGGAGCUUGCCCGCAAGCUUCAAGAGCAGGAAAGCUCGGCACGACGAGGCGACUCGGUCAGCCCAGCUCCACCCCAGCUGUUUUCGGGCCCUGACGGCACGCUCAAGAACAACACACGUCGGGGUCGACCUACGCCGAAGAGCACGGGCGGUAGCAACGUGGACGCUGCCUCGUUGGCGGCUGCCACUGAAUCGCUUGCUCGCACCGCGACCCCUCCUGCUCGUGCCGGCACCGUGAGUCCGGCUGCCCCCAAGCGCACGGGUUCUUCGCUCGCCAAUGGAUUCGACGAUGAUGCAUGGACGCCACGACCUCCGAGCACCAAGCCUGCGACACCUGCCAGGCCCAGUGCCGCCUCCCCCGCGCCUGCUCCCACGCCACCUCCUGCACCCGCUGCUGCUGCUGCUGCUGCUUCGCCAGCACCGGUGGUGUCCCCUGCGCCCGCCGCUGACCCGAACUCGGCGCUGUUUGAGAAGCUUGCGGCGAUGAAGCCACCGUCGGCCAGCGCCAGUCCGCGUCCCGGUGCGAGCCCUUCGCCUGGCUCCAUGUUCCUGGGACAGUCUCAGGGAUACAAUCCCAACGCGCCACGUGGGCCAUUUGCGCCUGUGCCUGCCAACCAGGGACUGCUGCAGCCACUGGUGCCGACACAGGGAACGGGCCAGUUUGUUCCCACCAAGACAGGCAUGAUGGGCAUGCAAAUGACGGGGAUGCAACCGCAGCAGACUGGCUGGGGCAUGCAGGCUGUGCAGGGUGUGCAAGGCAUGCAAGGCAUGCAGCCUCAAAUGACAGGCUUCCAAAACGGUAUGGGAGGCGCGGGUCAGAUGGGUGGCAUGGGUAUGCAGCCUCAAGCUACUGGGUUUGGUAACGGCGGCGGCUAUAUGAAUGGCUCGUCUCCCUUCGCGGGCGGCCAGAUCAACACGCAACAGACAGGAUUCCCUGGCAUGCAGCCGCAGCAAACUGGGUUCAACAACUUCGGCCAGACUCCGCAGCAAGUGAUGGCGCAACAGACAGGGUUCGGACUUGGAUCGCAGCAGCAGGUGCAACAGCAGCAGGCGGCGCAGGACGAGAAGGACAAGUUCAACGCGAGCAACAUCUUCCAGCAAAUGAAGACAGGUGCGUUUGCCAAGGAUCCCAACGCGGCACCACAGGCGAGCGGAAAGUACGAUGCGCUGCGACCGCAGCCUACCGGGUUUCAACCUGGGGGAGUGAUGCCGCAGUUUACUGGGAUGGGCUUUGGCCAGCAGCCGCAACAGCCGCAGCAGCCGUAUCCGCACAAUGGCUAUGGAGGUGGCUUUGGUGGAUAUUGA